UCUUUCUUUCUUUUUUCUUUUUUCUUUUUUUUUUUUUUUCUUUUUCAGUAUGUCCACUGAAAAUGUUCCAAAAGAAGUCCUGGUACAGGUGUUUUCUCUACUAGAGAGAAAGGACAUUUAUACAUUAAUGUAUGUUUGUAAACAAUGGUAUACGGCUGCGGUUCAACUCUAUUUCCAGAAGAUCCGAAUCAAGGAAAAGCAUAUCAAAGUGGAUAAGCCUUUUAUAAAUGGAUACUUAACACGAGAGUUCACUUUAUACAGAGAGUAUGUAACAAGUAAUCAUGUCAGCCCAAAUCACAAACUAGAUGAACCAGAUUUUUUACUGCUGCUGUCGUCUCUUCCGAAUUUGGAAAAACUAGAUUUUCAGUUCUGUAUCCAUACAGGCCAUUACAUAUCAAUUUUACGUCAACUUCCGGAUACAGAUUUAUAUUUACAGCGUAUUAAAGAGAUUGCGUUUCACUCUAAAUAUCCAGAAGAGCAUGUAUCCCAUUUCCUCGUUUGUUAUAAUUUUCGUAAAUCGAUUAAACGACUUGAAACUGAUGUAAACAACAAUGAUCUAAUGUUAGCUUCAUCAAAAAGCUUAUUUUAUUAUUUACCCCGAUUUACUUGCCUGACUCAGUUAACUUAUAAUUGUCAGCAAGGCAAUGAUACGACGUUGUUUGAUAUUUUACUUUGCUGUGAGAAUAUUGUAGAUUUCAAAUACAGCAGUCGUUAUCCCAUUCCUUCCCGAGCAAAUAGUCAAGUUGGGACCACAAGCAACAAACAUCUAAAACGCCUGACGAUUAAUUCUCCAAUUAAUGAAACUGCGUACGUUGACUACCUACGAGUUAUACAGCCUUUGAUCUACUUGAAUUUAACUAUUCAGCAAGAUGGGUAUGAAUUAUUCCGAUUGAUCGAACCAUUUGUUGAAGAACUUCAAAAAUUCAAGGAUUUAAGAAUAAGAUUUGAUUACGGCAGAAGACCUUCAUUGUCGCUCUCACAAACAAAAACAAAUACAUUUUACAAUGUUUUAGUCAAGCUGAAAGGUAAUAGAGAUUUACUGUAUGAUGCUACUUUUGAUUUUUAUGGUUGGAGCUCAAAAGAUUUUGUUACUGUUCGCGAGGAUAAACUAAGUUUUUCUUAUGUCAUGGAUGGGUUCUUAUAUAGAAACUUUGUCGACAAGGAAGGAAUUAUAAAAAACCUAAGGUUUACAAGAAAUCGAUUCUCUUUAUCAGAAAUACUGGAAUAUGCGAAAACCUUCCCUCGGCAUGAGACUCUUUCUAUCGAAUUUGUGAAAAAUGUAUUUUUCCAGGCCAGUAAAGUAUCAAUUACCAUGAAUUGCUUUAGGCCCUCGCAAACUUUAUUUAACCAACUAUACGACUAUCUACCGGAUGCUGAAACAAUCAGUCUUAAACAAGCAAGACCUCAAAAAAACAUCGAUUUUGGAACGACAUGGGAUCUUACAGCUUUCAAAAGCCUCAAUGAAUUUAACUUUCAUAUCGAUCAUAUAUACAUCCAUGGUUACAGCUUUGUGUUUCUCAAAUUUGAUUACGGUGAUUUACAUUGUUUUCAACGAGCCUGUUAUUUUAAUGAUGUCAAAAAGGACCUACAUUUUACGGUCAAAUCAUCUUUGGAAGAAUUGAAUAGCCGUGUCUUUAUUGCUACAAUCAAGGUCCAUAGUCCUUUAGUGGAGAUUAAUUGUGUGACAUCCGGUUUUUAUACAUUAACACCAUGCCCUGAAGAGUAAUUUGUUUUAAUAAAAUGGUACUUUCCGAAGGUAUCUCUGUAAACUGAUGUACAAGAUGCAUGUUUACAAAAUCUGUAACACAACGGAUUUAAGCAUCCUAUAUUUAGCAUUAUGUCAAAGCGCGUUAUAUCUCGUUUAAUUUCCAUAAACCAUCCCACAGAUUUUAUAAAAAUGCCACUCUUUCCAAACCACUUGAAUGUACGACAAUUCUCUAGUGUAUCACCGCAGUUUACCCUCCAAUGGAAA